AUAAACUUAUUUACCUCCUUCGUCCUGCUUACACUGCUAAUCCUAUUCACCCCUAUCAUAGUGUCCAAUACAGAUCCACACAAAAACAACAAAUACCAAUCCUAUGUAAAAAACAUUGUCUUUUGCGCCUUCAUCACCAGUUUAAUCCCCGCAAUAAUAUACCUCCACACAAACCAAGAAACACUCAUCUCAAACUGACACUGAAUCACCAUUCAAACCCUCAAACUAACACUUAGCUUUAAAAUAGACUACUUUUCACUCAUAUUUAUACCAGUAGCCCUAUUUAUUACAUGAUCCAUCAUAGAGUUCUCAAUAUGAUAUAUACACUCCGACCCCUACAUCAACCAAUUCUUUAAAUACCUACUCCUUUUCCUAAUUACUAUACUAAUCCUUGUUACAGCUAACAACCUCUUCCAACUCUUUAUUGGCUGGGAAGGAGUAGGAAUCAUAUCCUUCUUACUCAUUGGCUGGUGGUUCGGACGAACAGACGCAAACACAGCCGCCCUCCAGGCAAUCCUAUACAAUCGCAUCGGAGACAUCGGACUCCUCGCAUCAAUAGCAUGGUUUCUCUCCAACAUAAACACAUGAGACCUACAACAAAUCUUUAUACUCAAUCAAAACCCCCUAAAUUUUCCUCUUAUAGGACUCGUACUAGCCGCAGCUGGAAAAUCAGCCCAAUUCGGACUCCACCCUUGACUCCCAUCAGCAAUAGAAGGUCCUACCCCAGUCUCAGCCCUACUCCACUCAAGCACAAUAGUUGUAGCAGGAAUCUUCCUGCUAGUCCGCUUCUACCCCUUAAUAGAAAAUAACAAGCUAAUCCAAACAGUAACUCUCUGCUUAGGUGCUAUCACAACCCUAUUCACAGCCAUCUGUGCCCUCACCCAAAAUGACAUCAAAAAAAUCAUUGCUUUCUCUACCUCUAGCCAACUAGGCCUAAUAAUAGUAACAAUUGGCCUCAACCAACCUUACCUAGCAUUCCUACAUAUUUGCACACACGCCUUCUUUAAAGCCAUAUUAUUCCUAUGUUCUGGCUCCAUCAUUCAUAACCUAAACAACGAGCAAGAUAUCCGAAAAAUAGGAGGACUAUUUAAGGCCCUCCCAUUCACCACAACUGCCCUUAUCAUUGGAUGCCUUGCAUUAACAGGAAUACCAUUCCUCACCGGAUUCUACUCCAAAGAUCCCAUUAUUGAAGCCGCCACUUCGUCUUAUACCAACGCCUGAGCCCUGUUACUAACCUUAACCGCCACCUCCCUUACAGCCGUCUAUAGCACUCGCAUUAUCUUCUUCGCACUACUAGGACAACCUCGCUUCCCUCCCUCCACAACCAUCAAUGAAAAUAACCCACUAUUAAUUAACCCUAUCAAACGAUUACUCAUCGGAAGCAUCUUCGCUGGCUUCAUCUUAUCCAACAGCAUCCCCCCAGUAAUCACACCCUUAAUAACCAUACCCCUACAUCUAAAACUAACCGCCCUCACAAUAACAACUCUAGGCUUCAUCAUCGCAUUCGAAAUUAACCUUGACACACAAAAUCUAAAAUAUACACACCCAUCAAACCCCUUUAAAUUCUCCACCCUGCUAGGAUACUUCCCCACAAUCAUACAUCGUCUACCUCCUCACCUUGACCUAUCAAUAAGCCAAAAACUAGCAACCUCCCUACUAGACCUAACCUGACUAGAAACUACUUUACCAAAAACUACAGCCCUUAUCCAAUUGAAAGCCUCUACACUAACCUCCAACCAACAAGGCCUCAUCAAACUCUACUUCUUAUCUUUCCUCAUCACCAUCACUCUCAGCAUAAUCUUAUUUAAUUGCCCCGAGUAA